CGGCGGCGGCUCUUCCUGACGCGGAGGCUCGACCGAGCCAAGAUGCCGACUGACGGGCUGGCCCACCUCUCGUCCGAGGUGCUUUCCUCCCAGUCGUCGGCAAUGUAUCAGUUCAACAAGUACUACUCUGAGUGCGUGCAGGCUCGCAAGGCGGCCGUAGCCAAGACGGUGCGCGAGGUGUGCAAGGUGGUGCAGGACAUUCUGAAGGAGGUGGAGGUGCAGGAGCCGCGCGUCAUCUCCUCGCUCACCGAGUGCAAUGGACGGUUCGAGGGUCUCGAGGUGCUCUCCCCGACAGAGUUCGAGGUCGUUCUCUACCUGAACCAGAUGGGCGAGUUCAACUUUGUCGACGACGGCACCAUCCCGGGCUGCUCGGUGCUCAAACUCAGCGACGGCCGCAAGCGCAGCAUGUCGCUGUGGAUCGAGUUCAUCACCGCCUCCGGCUACCUGUCGGCCCGGAAGAUGCGCGCCAAGCUGCAGACCCUGUGUGCGCAGGCGUGCGACAAGUCACACUACCGCGACUGCGUCAAGAUGAUCGGCGACACGACCGAGGUGCGGAUGCGGAUCCGCGACCGGUACGUGGUGCAGGUGACGCCGUCGUUCCGCUGCGCCGGCGUUUGGCCGCGCUCGGCAGCUCACUGGCCGGUGCCAGGUCUCGGCUGGCCCAACCCCAGUCUGGUGGCAGAGGUGAAGGCAGAGGGCUUCGACCUGCUCAGCAAGGAGAGCCAGGCGAUUCAGAGCAAACAGAACUCGAUGGAGGGCGACGCCUGGGUGCUGACGUUCAGCGAGGCGGAGAGCCGGCUGCUGUACGGCGGCUGUCGGCGCCGCGUGCUCUCUAUACUGAAGACGCUACGAGACCGGCACCUGGAGCUGCCCGGCAGCCCGGUCACCUCCUACCACAUGAAGAUCCUGCUGCUGUACGAGUGCGAGAAGCACCCUCGCGAACUGGAGUGGGACGAGUCGGCCAUCUACGACCGGGUACUGGGCCUACUGGUGCAGCUCAUCUCGUGUCUGCAGAACCGGCGCUGCCCGCAUUACUUCCUGCCGGCGCUGAACCUCUACAAGGGCAUAUCGCCGGCCGCCAUGGACGCGGGCGCCAAACAAGUGUGGCGCCUGCUCAGAGACAUCAUGUUCAACCCCAAGGCGCUCGAGAAGUUGUGAGAGAUGUCGGGAGCGCGGAGAGGACGCGGCAUAAAAGCUGCAGCUAAUGCUAUGCGCAUUCUUUUUACUAUAUGUUGGAUGAUGAUGUAAAUAAUAAGCAAAUUGUUACAAAUGCAUUCAAAUAUUUUCAAAAAGAGAGGAUAUGAAUAUAU